AUGGAUUCUUUCAUCAACAUUGCGAAGCAGGGCUUUGAAGCGUACAAGAAGUCGAACGACUCCAAUCCGGACGUAUCCAAGACUGGCGGUGCUGAAUUGAACUCACCGGAUAACAGGCCGCCUCCGGGCUACAACUCAGGAGGAUCCAGCGGAGGGUACAAUAAUGACAACAGCAGCUCAGGCGGCUAUGGAGGAGGAUAUGGCGGAGGAUAUAACAGUGGAAACAACAACAACAACAACAGCGGUGGUGGCGGAGGCUACAGCUACGGAGGAGGAGGCAGCAACAGUCCUUCCUUUAAUCACGAUGAGGUGGUCCGUAACGCCAAUGAGCACGGAUCGGGGGAUAGCUCGCUGUUCUCUUCGGCGCUGAGCUUCCUCAACAACAACAAGGAUGACCAGAAGAAGCCCGUCGAUGAAGACGAUGUCCAACGGGCCCACAAGAAGGUCUACGAAGAGGGCUCCACCGGCGGACUGAGCGCAAACCUCCUCGGCAGUGCCGCUGCUAUGCAGGUCCUGAAGAACUUCGUCGGCGGCUCAGAGAAGGCGCCCCAGAAGGAAUCCGGGGGCGACUCCACGUCGAAGCUCAUCAGCAUGGCCAUGGCAGAAGCCACCAAGCUCUUCGACAAGUCCGGGGGCACAGCAUCUGGAAACAAGCAGGAUGCUGUCAACGGCGCUGCUAUGACCGUUAUGAAGCUGAUGGUCCAGUCCAAGUUCAGUGGCGCUGGAACGACUGGCGGUAAGGAUUCAGGAGGAUUAGGCCAGUUGAUGGGAUUGGCGUCGAAGUUCAUCAAGUAG